AAUUAGCAUCAGGGGAGUUUCUAAACUCUCCGCUCCUUCCACAGACAAUGACAACCAGGGAGAGUUUAUAGCCCAGUCGGCGAGUUGCCAUUAACUUUGCCACUUUUAUAUAACGUCAAAGACAUCGACAUAACAUAUUGUCUUGUUGGGAGUAGUUGGAGAAGCCUAGAUAUCACUCUUUAAUUAGAGUUUUUACGCGAUAUGGAAUCAUCCCUGGAGUUCUCAAACUCUUUCACCAGUGUGUCUUCGCCCUCCGCGCGGUGUCGGAUCUUCAAGAUCAUCGUGAUCGGAGACUCCGGUGUCGGUAAAACUUGUCUCACCUACCGGUUCUGUGCCGGUGAGUUCCUCGACCGAACCGAAGCCACCAUCGGUGUCGAUUUCCGUGAGAGAUUGGUCGAGGUCGAAGGCGAGAAAAUCAAGCUCCAGCUAUGGGACACGGCGGGCCAGGAGCGUUUCAGGAAGUCUAUGGUCCAGCAGUACUAUCGGAACGUUAAUGCUGUUCUCUUCAUUUAUGACGUCUCCAGACCAGACAGCUUCAGAGGCCUGCCAGCCUGGAUAGAGGAGUGUAGACGGUACUCACUGGGACAGGAGAUAACCAGGUUCCUCGUGGGCAACAAGAGCGACCUCCGUGACACCUGCAGCUGUGACCCCUGCCCCAUCGAGGUCGAAGGUCAGGUGACACGGGAUCAGGCCCAGAAGUUUGCCGCGGCCCACGGGAUGAUUCUGUUUGAAACGUCUGCUAAAAGCCUCCCAGGGGGAGGAGAACCAGGAGAACCAGGAGGGGGGCAUCAGCACAGCGUGGAGGAUGUGUUCAUGGCCCUGGCCUCCAGGCUGAAGAGACAGACCAGACCCCCUCCCCCGGUUCUCAACAACACAGGAGUGUCUGGGUCGUAUUGUGGCUCCUAUACAGGGACAGCUUCAUUCAGACUGCCAGCCAAGAAGAACCCUCAUAAAGACUUCUGGACAUGCACCUGUUGAGAGAGGGAGGGUGAGAAGAGGGAUGGAACAUGGGAUGGAAGGAGGGGGGGUGGGAACAGGGGAAUUUAGGGUGCCCACCAAGAACUCAGAGAGAGACUUCUGGACAUAUACCUGUUGAGAGGGAGAGAGAAAGAAAGAAGAAGGAGAGAGGGGGAAGUCCUCUCUGAUCAAGGCUACUGAGGGGAGGACAGCUCAUAAUAAUGGCUGGAAUGGAAUGAAACACGUGUUUGAUACUAUUCAAUUUACUCUGUUCUGGCCAUUAUUAUGAGCUGUCCUCCCCUCAGCAGCCUCCACUGAUCUAUAGCCUGCUCUCAGAGCUGUUCCUUCUAUAGCCUGCUCUCAGAGCUGUUGUCUCCUUCUAUAGCCUGCUCUCAGAGCUGUUCCUUCUAUAGCCUGCUCUCAGAUCUGUUGUCUCCUUCUAUAGCCUGCUCUCAGAUCUGUUGUCUCCUUCUAUAGCCUGCUCCCAGAGCUGUUCCUUCUAUAGCCUGCUCCCAGAUCUGUUGUCUCCUUCUAUAGCCUGCUCUCAGAUCUGUUUGUGCUCUUGCCAACUCCGUUGCCAACUCUCAAGCCAAAAAUGAAAGAUUGGUACCCAGGAUAAAGCAUUAACGAAAGGGUCAUCCUACUAAUUCGGUGCCUUUUUGAAAACGUUUGACUUCACCUAAUUUUAACAUUCUGUCAUAAAGAGUACAUGUUCAACUUCAUUCAAAAUAUGUUUCCCAUCUCAAGAGGAUAAAGAAGAAAAUUACUAUAGUAAGUGCCAAAUACUGUAACAGGGUUGACCGUGACGGGGUUGACCGUGACGGGGUUGACCGUGACGGGGUCGACCGUGACGGGGUUGACGAUUUCAUCUUAAAUCAGCCAUGAAUCUCCUUGUGACAGGGGGAAUGGAAGCUUGCUACUGUAUGUGCAACAGGGGGAGGCAAGCUUCCCAAAACAUUUUUAAUUGUUAAAACAUUUCUAGCCUGUCUAUCUGAAGGUAACAGGGUUGACUUGUUAUGCUCGACCCGCUCAGUUUUACUCCACAAAACACCAGGAAAUGGACAUAAAGAGUAGAACCAGCUCACCUGUUUUGACACUAUGAUUUGACUACUAGAUGUUCAAUGUUUCUUUGGGAAGAAAUAUUUAAAAUAGGAAUAUUUUCACCAUAUUAAAAUGAGAGUUCAAUUCACGUAACAGGGUUGACCUUAAAAUGAGGGACUGAAUCACUAAUCACAAAAUAACUAGGUCUUUACAAUGAUGGAGAAAUGUUGGGGUUAAUCUUCCUAGAAGUCAGAGAGGGUGCACGGAGGGACAUUUCAAAAUGCUGAAGUCUAUUCAUAUAAAAUCUGAUUUAUUGAAUUCUCCAUGUGGUCUAUAUUAAAUGGCACUUCAUUUAAUAUAACAGGCUUUUCAACUUCAAUAUUGGUGCUCAUUUUAUACCUAAAAUAUCAAAGGGAUGCAAAAGGCCCUCAUUUCGUGGAAUGACCCAAAAACAGUGGAGACUCUUGGAGAUACUCCUCUGGAAGUACUGCAUAAUGUAACUUUCUGAAGCUUGUGCAGUGGGUCGUCUUUUAUGUGUCUUGAUCUGUCCAUCUUUGCCAUAUGGUAAUUGUAUAGCAAGAAAUAUAUGACUGUACAUUAUCAUCCAUGAUGUGUGUAAAUGUUUUCAAUAUUCAAUAAAAUAAUCAAUGUUCUACAAAGUUGUAA